UCCUGGACUAAGAUCGGUUCUGUGGCUUUGGUUACGUUUGUUCUGAUUUCAUUAUGAAAACUCAAGACUACAGAGCCAGGUUCUGAGCUCAGAGAAAUCUGAUUCAGAACCUGGUUCUGCGUUUAGUGAAACCCGGAUCAGAUCCAGGUUCUGAACAAACACCAACCCGUUCCGAGCUGACAGAACAUCAGCAGAACCUGUGAGAACGUUCCUUCAGUGGGCGGAGCCAAGCUGUCUAAAGUCUGUGUUCAUGCCGGAAAUGACAGGCACGCUUUCCAAAACAAAAGACGUUUUCUCACGUUUCUUUGAUCAGUUUUUGUUUAAAACAUCCAACCAGCACCUGAGCGGGCCGUGGUUACUUAGAAUGGCCUCCCAGACUCCGCCCCCUUUGCUGCUGCUGCUGCUGGUUGGCUGGAGCUCCGCGUCUCUCCAGGAGACCCGGAAACCCAACUUUGUCCUGAUGAUGGUGGAUGACCUGGGAAUUGGAGAUCUGGGCUGCUACGGGAACACCAGCCUCAGGACCCCCAACAUCGACCGGCUGGCUCUGGAGGGGGUCAGACUGACCCAACACAUCGCCGCAGCCAGCCUCUGCACGCCGAGCAGGGCGGCGUUUCUGACAGGACGGUACCCCAUCAGAUCAGGUAUGUCCGGUUCCUCCAGACCAGGUGUGUUCCUGUUCACCGCCGCCUCCGGAGGUCUUCCACCAACAGAACUCACCUUCGCCAAGAUCGCCAAGCAGCAAGGCUACCAGACGGCCCUGAUCGGUAAAUGGCACCUGGGUCUGAACUGCGGCAGCAGCGAGGACCACUGCCACCACCCCCACGCACACGGGUUCUCCUUCUUCUUCGGCGUGCCGCUGACCAACCUGAGGGACUGCCAGCCGGGACACGGCACCGUGUUCCGGAUCCACAGAUACCUGCCAUACGGGACCUUUGUGGUGGUGCUGCUGUCCGCUGCCGCGCUGCACUACAGCGGCGCUCUGCCUCUCCGCAGAGGCCUGCUCCUGGGCCUGCUGGUUCUGGUUCUGGUGCUGGCGGGCCUGACCGCAGGGUUCGUGUGGACCGGGCCGUACCUGAACUGCGUUCUGUUCAGGGACCGCAGCAUCGUGGAGCAGCCGUUCCGGUCGGAGAACCUGACCCAGAGGAUGACCCGGGAGGCCGUGGUCUUCAUGGAGAGGAACGCGGCGCGACCAUUCCUGCUGUUCUUCUCUUUCCUCCAAGUCCACACCGCCAUGUUUGCCUCGGCGGCGUUCAGAGGAACCAGCCGCCACGGGGUCUACGGGGACGCCGUCCACGAGGUGGACUGGAGCGUGGGUCAAAUCAUGCAGACCCUCGGCCGGCUGGGCCUGAGGGACAACACUCUGGUCUACCUGAGCUCGGAUCAGGGCGCUCACCUGGAGGAGCUGUCUGCAGCCGGCGAGGUCCAUCGAGGCUCCAACGGCAUCUACAAAGCUGGGAAGUCCACCAGCUGGGAAGGAGGGAUCCGGGUCCCUGGAAUCCUGAGCUGGAGUGGGAGAAUCCCAGCAGGAGUAGAGAUCUCCGAGCCCGUCAGCAACAUGGACCUGUUUCCUACAGUGGUGCGUCUGAGCGGAGCCGCAGUCCCUAAGGACAGGGUCAUCGACGGUCACGACCUGAUGGACCUGCUGCAGGGGAGAGAGGAGCGGUCCAGACACGAGUUUCUCUUCCACUACUGUAACUCCUACCUGAACGCCGUCAGGUGGCACCCCCGGAACAGCAGCUCCGUGUGGAAAGCCUUCUUCUUCACCCCAAACUUUUACCCAGAAGGCCAAGCGGCAUGCUUCCACACCCACGUCUGCUUCUGCACCCCCGACUACGUCACCCACCACGACCCCCCGCUGCUUUUCGACCUCUCCAGGGACCCGUCGGAGAGCCGGCCGCUGACGGCGGACACGGAGCCGGCCUUCCGGUCCGUGGUGGCGGCGAUGACGGAGGCCGCAGAGUCCCACCGGACCUCGGUCCAGCCCGUGGAGAGCCAGUUCUCUGCAGAGAAGCUGAUGUGGAAGCCCUGGCUGCAGCCCUGCUGCUCUUCCUUCAGGCAGCUCUGCCAGUGCCAGCAGGAACCGGAGCGGGCCUGAGACCGGUUCUAUCAGCGUUCCACACUGGACUCUGAGAACCUGUCGAGGACAGGUCCAUGAGAGGAAUGCGUUCCUCAAGGAUCCGUCCUGGGAGCACUGCUCUUUGAACGGAAUUGAUGGUUUCUUUCUUUGCAGAGGACACUUUACUGAUCCUACAGAACAAACUUUCAUCCAGAAAGACAGAAAUCGUAGGAGAUCAAA